AUGUUGGCUCCAAACAUCCCACAACCAUCUAUCUACAUCCCACAACCAUCUUUCUACAUCUCCAAAUUUGAACAUGGAGUUGCCAAAGGUGCUGCCGGACUCAUUGGCAACAAUUCUCGUGUCAGACAAUUAUCGGUUUCCAAGAAUUUCAAUGAAAAUAGGAAUAAAUCUGACAGCGUUUGUAGUCUCCUUUUCAUGCCGGUCGUCUACAUUCCUGGUGACAAAAUGGACAAUCCAAAAUGCAACAAUAAUCCUACUUUAAACUUCCUUGAACAGGACCCAAACCACAAACGGGCUAUUUCCAAUUGUUAUCAGCUUCAAAUCGGAAGGACGGACCACUUGGGCUUCUCCAGUCUCUUAAGCAGAAUGAACGCUCCCACUCUUGAUGGCGACAAGGCCCUUGCCGGAUGUUGGUAUGGGACUACACUAGGAAACCCACAUCCGGUCUUAUACAAAAUGGAUCCUUUGUUAGUAUUACCUGGAAUUCACUCGGCAACUUUUGUUCCACUGCAGGGUUGCUUUUCCCUUGUCUUCGCCGCUCCAAAAUGUGAAGACAAUUCCAAACAUUCCCACGGUCUUGAAGCAUUCCAGGAAUGGAAAGAAACGUUGUCUUUGAGUUCAAAGAUGGUACUGACUCACAUGCUACUAGUGUUUGAGAACGUGGCAAGACAGGAAUUGAGGACACCUGAUGUUGACCUUCUACACUUUCAGUGCACUCCAGUUGAAGCAUACACCUUUCCAUGUCAACAAUGGAAAUGUUGCACGAUUAUUGAAAAUGAUAAAGCAUCACAAGAAUACAUGAUAUUGCAUCCAAUGGUAUUGGAGUCCAAGGACAACAAGGGUGUGGAGGGAAGCGAAGCCCCGGAGGAGGACAAGUAA